ACAUAGGUUACUUGGGUAAUCUAGGAAACUCAAGAGAUCCCUCUCUGUAGCUAACAGCACCUAGCCGGCUAAUCUCCUGGACAACGCAGUUGUGGUUAUUUUUUUCCGUUUCAUUGUUCAUGUCUUUUUGUCCUUUGUAUUAAAGCGAUUUUCUAAUACACCGUCAGUGACAAAAGUGAGGCAGACAACGACGGACAAGUUUAAACUCGCUGGAUGUGUAGCCACUGUUCCUUUCUCCCAGGAUGCUAGCACACAAACAAGCCAGCUAGCUAGCCAACCUGCUAAAGUAGCCAAAUAGCAGCACUGUCCGGAUGCUUUGAACAGCAACGCAGCGGAUUUUGGGGAGUUUCCAGUCGGUCUUGCAUGAUGUCAAGCAACCGGCCACAGCAAAGUGCUGGAGGGGCGAGUUCAGUGCCCAGCACAAGUAGCAGCGGCAGCACAGGCACUGGGAACACAAACGGUGGCGGUGGGAGCAACGCCGUCUCAAGCAAUGGUAACAACUCUGUAAACGUUGUGCCCUCACGGACCUUGGCAGCAGCAGCCAGCGAGGGCGUCUUGUCAGUGCCAACUUUAGCCACCGUACCGUCGUCCCGGGGCGGUUUUCCUUCUCUCAGUAGACCCUCUGCAUCCUCGGGCAGCAGAAAGAAAUCCCUCCACCAAACACCACUUUACAACGGCCUCUUGAAUUCGUACGAAGAUAAAAGCAAUGAUUUUGUCUGUCCCAUUUGCUUCGAAAUGAUAGAAGAGGCACACAUGACAAAGUGUGGGCACAGUUUUUGUUUCAAGUGUAUUCGCCAGAGUCUGGAGGAUAGCAACAGAUGUCCCAAGUGUAACUAUAUUGUCGAUAAUGUGGAUCAGCUUUACCCAAACUUUCUUGUAAAUGAACUCAUCCUUAAACAGAAACAAAUACUGGAGGAGAAGAGACUAAAAUUAGAUCAUCCUAAUGGGUCUAGGUGGCAGGUGUUCCAGGACGUGCUGAGUCCUGACCAGGAAAACUUGGAUCUGGCAAAUGUCAAUCUAAUGCUGGAGCUCCUGGUCCAGAAGAAGAAGCAGCUGGAAGCGGAAUCCCAAGCAGCUCAGAGACAGAUCCUCUUGGAGUUCCUUAAAGAAGCCAGGAGAAACAAGAGAGAGCAACUGGACCAGCUGCAGAAAGAGCUCAACUUUCUUGAAGAGGACAUCAAGCGUGUUGAGGAAAUGAGCGGGCUGUAUUCUCCAAUGAUGGAGGCAGAGUGCACGGUGCCCAACGUUGAGGCUCCCUCACCAGCAGCCAGCUGCAGUAGUAUUAUUGACCCACCAGACUACAGCCAACCUCCAGGAUUUGGUGGAACAACCCAGUUGUGGAUCGCUCAGAAAACACCUGUUUGGAACAUCCCACAGGGCAAAAGACAGACGUGGUACAACAGCACCCUGGCAUCAAGGAGGAAGAGGCUCAUGGCUCAUUUUGAGGAUCUGGAGCAGUGCUACUUCUCCAACAAAAUGUCACGCAUCACAGAGGAAGGCAGGAACCUGAACCAGCUGGAUGAUUUUAUGGAGUGCCUGUCCAAGUUUACCCGAUACAACUCUGUGCGGCCGCUUGCCACCCUCUCAUAUGCCAGUGACCUCUAUAAUGGCUCCAGUAUUGUCUCCAGUAUUGAGUUUGACCGUGACUGUGACUACUUUGCCAUCGCUGGUGUGACCAAGAAGAUCAAGGUGUUUGAGUACGGCACGGUGAUUCAGGAUGCCGUGGACAUCCACUACCCUGUUAACGAAAUGACCUGCAAUUCCAAAAUCAGCUGUAUCAGCUGGAGCAGCUAUCACAAGAACCUCCUGGCCAGCAGUGACUACGAGGGUACCGUCAUCCUGUGGGAUGGAUUCACUGGCCAGAGGUCCAAAGUCUACCAGGAACAUGAAAAGAGGUGUUGGAGUGUUGACUUCAAUCUGAUGGACCCCAAGCUGUUAGCCUCUGGUUCUGAUGAUGCUAAAGUGAAGUUAUGGUCAACCAAUCUGGACAACUCAGUGGCCAGCAUCGAGGCCAAGGCCAAUGUCUGCUGUGUUAAAUUCAGUCCAACCUCCAGGUAUCAUCUGGCCUUUGGCUGUGCAGACCACUGUGUCCAUUACUAUGAUCUACGCAACACUAAGCAGCCAAUCAUGGUAUUCAAAGGUCACAGGAAGGCAGUGUCCUACGCCAAGUUUGUCAACGGAGAGGAAAUUGUUUCUGCUUCAACAGACAGUCAGCUGAAGCUGUGGAACGUCAACAAGCCUCACUGUCUGCGCUCCUUCAAGGGUCACAUCAAUGAGAAGAACUUUGUUGGCCUGGCUUCCAAUGGAGACUACGUUGCAUGUGGCAGUGAAAACAACUCCCUGUACCUGUACUACAAAGGACUUUCCAAGACACUUUUAACAUUCAAGUUUGACACAGUGAAGAGCGUCUUGGACAAGGACAAGAAGGAGGACGACACCAAUGAGUUUGUGAGCGCUGUCUGCUGGAGAGCCCUGCCGGAUGGAGAGUCCAAUGUACUGAUUGCUGCAAACAGUCAAGGAACAAUCAAGGUGCUUGAGCUCGUCUAAAGGCCCACCACGCCUUCAGUGUGCAAAAGAACCACCGUCGGCCUCUUUGUUUGAGGAUCAGUCAGACGCAGGGAGAGCCCAGGCUGCCUGCUGAACUAGAGCUGACAGAAACUGAAGCUGUCUUAUUUUCAUGAGCUGCACAUUUCAGACAGCAGGAAAGAGUGCACCAGUAGAGCAGGAGGAGAUGUGCUGUCAUUUUACUGCAGAAAUUUGAGGACCUAGCUUGGGCACAAAUGGAACAAGUGUUUUUGUUUCUUUUCAGUAAAGUUAUAUCGGCUACAAUAGAACACCUCUUUAUGGUUUUAGGUCAAAUCAAAACUUGUACUUUUUUUUUUUAUUAAGCUGUUGCUCUUAAGGGUACAUCAAGCCAAACGCUACUAGUGUGAUGCAUUUUCCCUUUUAAAGGCCAAAGCACAAGACGACAUGCAAAAGUGAUGUCUUCACAAGAAGCUUUUAAUCCUCGCCCUCAUUGUUUGUCAGUUUUUCCCCUUUUAUGUGUAGUUUUUCUGUUUUGUUUUUUUUUUCAGAUUGAGAGAAACCAGUUUUAAUAAAUAUGACUUGAAUUUCAUUCUGUCAAGCGUAUCGUCAGUUCCUUUUUUCACCUUGAGUGGAGAACGAGAGGAUAGUGUACGGAAAUUAAGGAAGACCAAUGGAUUAUGAAGUGUUGAGAAACUGUUUCUGUUGCUAUUGGAACAAAAUGAGCUAUUUUUGCAUGUAAUCAAGGUGAAUCUCAUGUAACUUAAGGCAUUGAUCUGCAAUGCUACAUCGAACUGGAUAAUUUUUUUUUUUCCAUGUAUGUGAGCUGUUUGUUGGAAAAAAAAUGAGAACCUCACACAAUCAAAUCUUUUUAAGUAGCAGUGGAAUUACUCUUCGCAUACUGUAGGAUCAAACAUCUGAACUGAGCUGCAUUGAAACUUCAUUGAAACUGCUGUCAGUUUCUGUGGAGGAAUGAUGCCUGUUGACAACAUUGACGUGGAGAUUUGGUCAGCGCCGCCACGACCGAACUAUUUUAUGAUAACUGAGUGAGAGAGGUGUUUUGUAUUUGUAUAACUGAAUAAAUUAUUUCCAAACA